GUGAAUGUAUGGUGCCGCGUAACCAGAACCGGUCAGCGCCCAAUGAACGAUCCAGUUGAACAGUGCAAAGAACUCUGGAAAUAAAAACUGGUGUUAAUUCGAUACUCUGCCGACGAUAUGCCUGACUACGACGAGCUGAUAUCGGAACCCGGGAGUCGCAGGAGGAAAUACCGCGUCUACGGCGGCAGCCAGACGUGGGACUUCAGGAAGUACCGUCGCAAGUACUGGACGGUGCUGCUGUCCGUCUCGCCUCUGGAGGACGUGCUAGAGAACGAAACCUCCACGCCAUCACCCCUGGCCGGAUCAGGCCCGGGCGGCCACAAGGCAUCCUUCAAGAGCACGAAACUCGCCCGGCGCGCCCGCUCCUUCAAGGACGACUUUUUGGGAAAGAUAUCGCAGAUGCGGAGUCCUACCGGUCCGGGGCUGCGCUCGCACAGCCCCAAGGGCAGCCAGUCGCCUAAGCCCGACAUGGUGGACCACGCCUACAUCACCAGCAAGGGCCCCAUCCAGGAGCUGGACGACUUCUGGAAGCAGAUACAGAUCGCACUCAAACACUUCAGAGAUGUCGUUUCGAAACAGAAACUGGAAAUGCUGCCGGGCAACGGCACUAUCGUGUUGGACACGGUCUGGGCCAUAAACCUAUCGGUGAAGUCGUCGGUAUCCGCGGACAGCUCCAGCAGUAUUAAGUCGGCGAUAUGUCGCAUGUACCAGAGCGUGGCGCGGUUGAUAAAGCUGUGCGAUGAUGUCCUGAUAGAUGAUAAAAGCGACGAGUUGGACAAGGAGAACGUGAACGAAAUCGUGGCGCAAGUCGAGGAUGCUGUCAAGGAUCUCAUAAACCUAGCUCAAGAAAAAAUCUCGCACCAGCAAAUAACCUACAAGACAACGCCCAGGUCGACGUACGGCAACAGCAGCUUGGAGAUGCCGGCGCAACGAAACUCCCUCCCCGACAUACCGCUCACGCCCAGGGAGAGACAGAUCCUGGAACAGACGUCGUGCGUGACCCCCUCGAUGGUGCGCAGCAGCCACAGCACCGAGUCCAUCCUGAGGGAUUCUAGUCCGCCUCCGAAACCGCCGUUGCCGGAGAACGUGUGUCGGUCGGAUCCCAGCAGCUGCGUCACCCCCCCACCCUUGCCGCCUAAGAAGAAGAGCUUCAGGGCGCAUCCGUUCAUGGACGAGGGGUUCAGUGUGGACCAUUCGCCGAUAGCUAGUAGUUUAGAAAGGGUCUCGAUGCGGUCAAAAUCCCCAGAGGACUCAAUAUCCUUGCUUUCGGAGAGCGCCGGUAGCGUAGACUCCAUGUUAAACCACUCGUCGAGGGAGGAGGACGAAAUCAAGGCUCUAAUGGACGGCGAUUCCGACAUGAUGCUCGACAACCACACCACGGACAUUUUCGGGGCGAACGGCUCGAAUUCCUGGGAGGAAUCCUCGUUGAGUUCUAGCAUAUCGAACAGCAACAACGAGAGGCACACGUCCGUCAACGACUACCACCGUUUGUCCAACACCGAUUCAGGUAUCCUCUCGAUCCGUUCGAACUACUCGAAACGGAGCUCCCAGCAGAGCUCGAUCAGUACGCAGUUCACGCAUCACAUGUCCAAGCACUCCUCGAAUGUAUCGGAGAUGGCGCAGUCCGAGAGCCUGCUACAGAACCUGCACAGGAGUUUCGAGAACCAGUUGUCGUUCAAGAAUUUCAGCCACAGCUCGAGCAGCAGCAGUUCCGUCGUCAUGGUCGCGAACGCCGGCCUGGGCAGGGACGAGCUGGAUUUCUCGAACGAGGAGAUCCCGCCCGCCAUCCCGCAGAAGACUAAAAGAAAGACUGAUAGGCAGCCCUCGCCUUACGAUAAUGUACCUGAUGAGAAGUUAGGCGAAUUACUGAUAACCUGUGAGAGACACCAGUCGCACCAAAGCUUGUCGAGCAGCACAAGCAUUGCCAGUACCCUCGAACAAGACGGCUGCAGACCGCCGCCGUUGCCGCCCAAGAAAAAGCACAUGUUCCAAUCGGUGGCUUACUCGGUUAUGGCGUACAUGGAGAUGUUCGGGAAUUGUUCGCACACCAACGACCAGGAGUUCAUGAGGCACUCGGUGCACAUGGUGCAGUCCCAGUGGGCGCAACCGCUCGCCUCGGGUCUACCCACCACCCAGUCGUGCUCUUUCAGUCACUCUUCGCACAGUUCGAGAUCGUCGCACACUCACAUACAGACCCUCGCCCUGCCGCCACAUUCCAGUUUAGACCAAAGAAUACCGUCGCCCUUGCAUUCCCCCAACUCCAUCAUUUCUUCUUCAUCUUCAAACUCCAGCGUCCCGCCGGCCUUACCGCCGAAACAGAGGUCGAGAAAGUCCUCGGCUAAAUCGCCUCCGCCCACGCCUACCGGGCCGGUUAUAACGGAAGUGAAACCGUCAUCGCCCGUCAUCAAGGCACUGCCCGAUCUGUUGGAGCACACCGCCCUGCCUAAGAACGAGGAGAAGUCGGACGGCGGCGACAUUAGUCCGUCUUGCGAGGAAGACUUGAUGGAGAUGCUGAGCGUCGAUCAGUUUCUGCUGUUGAAGAAGCCCGAGGAGGACGGGCCCGAUAUCAGGGGCGGGCCCAUAGAUGCGCUCAUCAUACAGGCCACUAAGGCUACGAAGAAUGGAGUAUUCAUGUACCAAGAGGCGUUCCUGACCACCUACAGGACGUUCAUAUCUCCCUACGAGCUCAUCACCAAGCUCAUCCGGCGGUACAAUCACUUCUACUACCAACCGGAUAAGAAACCGAGGUCCCGAGAGGCGUUCGCCUUGAUCGUUCGUGUCGUUAGCGACCUCACUAGCUUAGACCUGGACGAGGAACUGCAGCUGAAACUCAUGAACUUCGUACAGCAGCUGAUAUCGUGCGGGGAACUCACCUUGGCCAAGGCGCUCAGGGUGAAGCACCUGCAGCGUCACGAGGCCAAGCAGAUGUCCAUGAAGUACACCAACAUCGUGACCAGUCUUUCACUGAGCGCGAGGAACUUCACGUUGUUGGAUUUUAAGUCGGAACAGAUAGCCGAGCAGAUGACGUUGCUCGACGCGGAGCUCUUUAUGAAGAUCGAGAUACCCGAGGUGCUGAUAUGGGCGCAGGAGCAGAACGAGGAGAGGAGCCCCAACCUGACGAGGUUCACGGAGCACUUCAAUAAGAUGUCGUAUUGGGCGAGGACGAAGAUCCUCACGGCCGAAGGCAAGGACAUCAGGGAGAAGUACUUCAUGAAGUUCAUAAAAAUCAUGAAACACCUCAGGAAAAUCAACAACUUCAACUCGUACCUGGCCCUGCUGUCCGCCUUGGAUUCCGCCCCGGUGCGACGGCUGGAAUGGCAGAAGCACGUUCAGGAGGGCCUGAAGGAGUACUGCGCCCUGAUCGACAGCUCGUCCAGCUUCAGGGCCUACAGGAUGGCGCUGGCCGAGACCCAACCCCCUUGCAUCCCCUACAUCGGUUUGGUUCUGCAAGAUUUGACGUUCGUUCACAUAGGGAAUAGCAACCUGUUGCCCAACGGUGCUAUAAACUUCUCGAAACGGUGGCAGCAGUUCAACAUCGUCGAGAAUAUGAAGAAGUUUAAGAAAGCGACCUAUACGUUCAAGAGGCAGGAGAAAAUCAUCAACUUUUUCCAGAACUUCGACGACUGCAUAGGCGAGGACGCGAUGUGGAAGCUGUCGGAGAAGAUAAAACCCCGCGGCGGUAAGAAAACCGCCCAGUAGCUGCUGAUACAAAGCAAUACCUAACGAUUUUAGUGCAAUUAUUAUUUGUUAAGCUAAAUUGUACAUUCUUUUAAGGUAGGUAAUUUAUUGUUGAGACGUUUGCAGCGCAGCAUUUAUUAGGCCGGCCGGACGAAUUUUUUUGAAAAUAACCCCUUUUCCGUAAGUAACAGUUUCCGGGCGUCUGGUAGGAAAAAGAAAUCUAGAUGUAGACAAUGAAGUAUUAGGCAUCGAAAUUUUACCUGCAUUAAAUUGAAUUUCCUGAUAGUUACCUUCUCGCCGGGAGGGCCUGCGUUACUUUGGAAUUGUUUUAAACGUAAUUUUAGCGGACCUACGACUAUAAUGUUGAAAUAAUUUGUGAGAUUCUCUUGUUAUAUUUAGAGUCCUAAAGUUAGAUGUAUAUUAACGGGAGAUUAAAAGGAACCGGCUGAAGAUAACGAAGGAUAUAAAAAAAAAUACUCUUAAACGUCGUUGGUACUUCCCGUUUUUCCCAGCUUGUGUAAUAAGACUGACUUCCUAGUAUAUUUUCAAAAAUUUUAAACGUCUAAAGUAUACAAGUGGAUGAAACCGUUGCGGGAGGCAUAAAUUUAUAUUUUUUAAAAAAGAGAACUUCGCUCUUACUUUUGCCCGUUUCGGAACGGAUGGUGCGCUUUAGGGACUAAGAUGUACGUGCACUUCCUUCCGCAUGUUUUCUUUCGCAAAGUGUUAGAUAAUAAAGUUAACAUAGUACUAUAUGUGUACCGUUGGCUUUGUGCGAGUUCUGGAAUCGCCCGACGGCGGCGAUUCCAGGGUUUCGCCCGAGAGACGCCAAAUUAAACUAGUUAAACAUUUAAAUAUUAGAAGGCCUAACUAAAAUUUAAGCCGAGUACGUUUAAAUGAAUCUUGCUGAUGUAGACUGCUCCAGAACAACAAGACGUUUCCGUUGCGGUAUUUUUUAGAUGAAUUUGUCACUGUCCAGUGUUUUGCGAGAAUUAUAUUUUUUGAAACUUGAUGCGGCGUUCCCGGCAUAUCGACUCCUAACUGGUAAGGCGUCGGGAACUUCGCGCUGUAUGUUCUCAUUUUUCGACUUGGUCAAUGUCCAUCAGAAAACAGCUACGAAAGUAAAAGGUUAUGGUCGGGUUUACCAUCGAAGGUGUUGAAAAAUGUACCUUGCAAUUUUUUCUGUUGUCAAAAAAAAGGUAAGUUUACUUUUUAAACCUGCUCAAAUCAAAUUAGGCCUCGGUUUUUUGUCGUUAUUUUAAUUAACAAAUCGAUAUUUUCUGGGCCUUUUACGGCUAAAAAAGUAUAACAACGAAUCAUCAACUGUGAAUUUUUUUUUUAUUUAUGUACAGGAUGUAUCUUUACACGGGGCCAUAUUUAUAAGGAAGCUACGUUUGACCUGAUCUAACAUAAGUUUAUUUUCUGAAACUUUUUUCGUAAUUUUUCGUACCUCGCCGCUGGACAGCCUCAAACAAACGAAGGCUAGCUGUGGCACACUCAAUUGUUGUCGAGUAUCAUUUUUCUUGAUUCGCUGACCAAUUUUUUCAUAAUAUACAGAAUUGAGACUGAGAUUCAGAAACUAAACACAGUGCUUUAAAAAAAUAGUAACAAAUACUGUUUUAUUAAACACUUGAAAUUAUUUGAAGAAGCACUUCAAAUCUAUCAUAUUACGUUUUAUAGAUUUUAUUACACAGUUUGCCUAAAAAUGAAUUAAUGCACAAAUAACAGACUUUCCUCCAUUCUA